AUGAGAAAUGGGGAAGAGACGAUGUUGUGCAUCCAUCCAGAUCCAGCUAUGUACGGGUACAAGGCCACUUGGGAUGAUGCACUACCUUACUCUAUCCGACCAAAGAGGGAAGAGAAGCAGCAGCAAGAUACCCGCUUGAGAGAAAAUUCAGAUGCAAAAAAUCAAGGACAUUGCAGAUGCCAGACGGAACAAGGCGGCGAUAGUCGUAAAUGCGAAGCGCCGCGAAGAAACCACGGCCGAAACAGACCGGCGACGGCGACGGAGAUGAAAAAAAAAAAAAAAAAAAAAGGCACUCAAAAGACUCGCGCGCCUGGGACAAGCAGAGAAGGACAGAGGGAAAAGACCCAAACGGGCAUUUCAGCACCCAUGCUCGCAUUCCCCGAAACCCGGCAUGCCGCAUCCACCUCCGCCGGUUUUCGGUCCUCCCCAUUGUCACUCCGCCGACCACCGGGCAUUGCGCGCCUUCAUUUUGGAGAUACCCGAGUGUGUGUACUGCGUACGGAUGCGCGAGUAAUAGCCGCUGUUCUGGCUUCUUCCCACGCACACUCGUACGGGAACACGAACGGCCAUGGCUAA